AUGAGUUUUGAUCUGCAGAAGGUCUUUGAUGAGAAUUUAGACUUAUAUGAAAUCCUAGAAUUCGGAAAUGACGUGCCUCGCGAACAGCUCACACCAUCCGCUAUAAAAAAACAAUACAGGACCUUAGCUCUGCUGUAUCAUCCGGACAAACAACCGGAUAAUCCGCAGAGUUUACAUAAGUUCCAUCUGAUAUCCCUGGCGACCCACGUCCUCGGUGAUAGUUCCCUCCGGGACGCAUACAACGGUUGGUUGAGAAAUCGUGAAAGUCAUGAAACCAAUGAUAAGGUCCGCACGGCUCACAUCAAUAAGCUGCAUAAAAGGGAAGCCGACGCAUCAAGGAUCUCAAACGAUGAAAACGCCCCGAAUGUUCAGCAAAUUCAAAAGUAUGGUGAAACACUUCGGAAACUGAAGCAUUUCAAAAUGAGCUACGGGGAUUGGAAAAAUUUACGAGAGAGCACAAAUUCUAGCGAAAAUUCACAGCCAGUACAUAAGUUUUAUGACUCCUCGACGCUAAGAAUAGAACUCAUUAAUGAUGAUCCUACUGUGGCCGAUAAGCUAACUCUAAAAACCUUUUUGAGCAGACUUUUCGAGGUUCAAGAGCUCUAUGACCUCUACUACUCUUCAAGAAACGACUUUCAAAAUGAUGAAACAAUUGUAGCAUACGCGGUUCUCAUGUCUCCACAGGAAGCGCAGCAGCUCUUUCAACGUUGGACUGAAAGGCGGAAUACGGAAGGCUGGAAAUCGAUAAUAGAUAUUGCCCCUCGCAUUCCACUUCACUACUACGCGGGUUUCACUGACAGGGUUGAUCUUAAUCCCAAAAUAGCGGCCAUGGUCAAUAAUGACACGAUCGUUAUAGAAUGA